UGUGUGUGUGUGUGUGUGUGUGUGUGUGUGUUCUCUCUCAGGCUGCUCUCUCUGUCGGACUCUUUUCCUCCGGACUCUCACUGAAGGACGAUGCCCCCCCUCAGCCCCCGGACUCUUCUUCAAGGUUCAAGUUUUCAGGAUGACCUGCUGACAUGAAGGCUGAAGUGUGAGGACUCGGCGCCCCCUGGUGGACCCCCCACUGCUCUGCAGGGCCAUGGCUGAGGAAAGCUACUCCGACCUGAUCGCCAAACACUACAACUUCACCGGGAAAUACCGCAAACCUCAGCAGGACUCGGGCCUGAAGGCGGACUCCGUGGUCUUCAUCAUCGUGUGCUGCUUCAUCAUCCUGGAGAACAUCCUGGUGCUCACCACCAUCUGGAGGACCAAGAAGUUCCACAAGCCCAUGUACUACUUCAUUGGGAACCUGGCGUUAUCCGACCUGCUUGCCGGCGUCGUUUACACCGCCAACAUCUUGCUUUCCGGCGCCAACACGUACAAAUUGACGCCAACGCAGUGGUUUUGCCGGGAGGGAAGCAUGUUCGUGGCGUUGGCAGCGUCUGUUUUCAGCCUUUUGGCCAUCGCCAUCGAACGCCACCUCACCAUGCUGAAGAUGAAGCUGCACAACAACGGGAACACGUGCCGCGUCUUCCUGCUGAUCAGCACGGUGUGGAUGAUCGCGGCGGUUCUUGGCGGUCUUCCUCUGAUGGGCUGGAACUGCAUCCAAAGCAUGACUCGAUGCUCCACCGUUCUGCCGCUCUACCACAAGACCUACAUCCUGUUCUGCACCACCGUCUUCAGCAUCCUCCUCCUGGCCAUCGUGGUUCUGUACGCCCGAAUCUACGCUUUGGUGCGAACGCGUAGUCGCAAACUCGUCUUCCGCAAGGUGUCCAACGGCCGCGGGAACUCUGGCGCCAACAUCAAAAGCUCCGAGAAGUCGAUGGCUUUGUUGAAGACCGUCAUCAUCGUGUUGAGUUGCUUCAUCGCCUGCUGGGCUCCGCUCUUCAUCCUGUUGCUUCUCGACGCCGCCUGUGAGACCCUAAGCUGUCCAAUCCUCUACAAAGCCGAGUGGUUUCUUGCUCUCGCCGUCCUAAACUCCGCCAUGAACCCCCUCAUCUACACGCUCACCAGCAACGAGAUGCGCCGCGCCUUCCUCAAAACGCUGCUCUGCUGCACCGCCUGCCUCAGACCCAAGUCCAAGUUCACGGGGCCGAUCAUGGGGGUGGAGUUCAGCCGCAGCAAGUCGGAUAACUCCUCCCACCCCAACAAGGACGAGGCCGAAUACUCGCCGAGGGGCACGACGACCUCUGGGAACGUCACCUCGUCAUCUUAAAACCGGGUCGUACAGUUUGUGUUUCUGCAGAAAAAACGGCGUGAAAAGCGCUCGCCACAGACCUGGAACUCCAGCACUUAGAGAGACUUUCAGACUGGUGAACCAGCGCGACUCAGAGAGAGGCCGCCGCACUUUUAAGAAGCUCACGCGGGAAAUAUCAACAAGUCCUCGACGAUCAGCUUCAUGUGGAUCCUGAAGUUACAGCAUGAUGAAGGUUUAUAGUGCCAGCUUUGUGCAUCUGGAGAUGUUGAGACCCUGAAGUUUGAUGUUAAAAAUGUACAGUAGGGUCCACAGAGCAUAGCAACUGCCGGAUGCUAACCUGCAUAUGUUGGGCAAUUUGAACAAUUAGCACAAGUUGCGUUAACUAACCCUAACCCUAAUGGCGUCAUAGCCUAAAUAGUUAAAAUAUGGCUUGCAAUUUGGACAAUUUUUGAGAGGUUUUGGAUGUUAUUGAGGAUGUUGUAUCCAUUUCUGCAAACAACAAAUGUCAGUUUUAACCAGAAAGUGGCCAUCUGUGAACUCUCUGUGGACUUAUUCGACUACCAUGAGUAGUGUUGCAACCAUUGGAUAUACUGAAGCGAGCACAAGAUGAACAUCAUUACCUCUACUGUUGACAACUUUUCUUCAUAUAAAUAAGCAAUCUGUCCAAUCCAAAUGAUCCGGAGUCCCCUAAAACCUCCAAAUCAACCCAAAAUUCAUCAAAAUCAGCCCACAGAGAGUAGUAAUGUUGUCACUUUCUGGUUAAAACUGACAUUUUCUAUCCUAAAAAUGUCCGAAAUAGAUUCAAGAUCCUCAAUAACCUCCAAAGCCAUAAUGGUAAUUAACGCAACUUAUGCUAAUUGUGCACAUUGCCCAACGUAUGCAGGUUAUCAUCCGGCAGUUUCUAUGUUCUGGGGAUUUCUAUCAUAACACUUUGGGGUACUCAACAUUUCUGGGUUCACUAUGAGCUGCAACUAGACUAAUAAAAGGGUUAAAGGUGAAUAUUACAACAGGUGUGAGCUUCAUAGAAAGUGCUUGUGUUCCUCGUAGAAGAAGAAGAAGAAGGAGAAGAAGAAGGAGAACCAGACUUUGUACUGACCCUCUAAGAACAACUAGAACCCGUAGCGCUUAAACACACAGCUGUCAAAUAUUUAAGAAUUCAAAUUAAUUCAUGGAGACUUUCUUUGUUUUCCUCCACUUCCCUUAAGACAUACGCACUCAUGAAUCCAGAGUUCAGGCGCUUCUUCAGAUCCAACAUUUAGGGUAAUUGUCUUUUUCUGGUGUACCUGGAAACAUAGGAAUAAAUAAAUAAUCGUCUUGAUUUACAGAGAGGCACCUGAGCUGUGAAUUCUUGUGGUCAUGUGACAUUUUUUUGUUGUAAAAAGUUAACUGUGUAGAAACUGUUGGUCAGAAUGUAUUUUCUACUUCCUGUCUGUGUUGUUGUCAUUGUGCCGUAGGGACGUCGGUGUAGUGGAAAUAAUUUAUAUUUGAAAGAAAGAAACUCUUCACACAUAGAAGAGAGGAGGGAACGUUUUGUUUUGUACAGUUUCAGAAGUAUGGAAGCUCAUUUCUGCUGAGAAGAAACCCUCAAAGCUCUUUACAUACUACCAUUCACCCAUUCAUACACACACACACACACACACACACACACACACACACACACACACACACACACACACACACACACACACACACACACACACACACACAUCAUCUCAAGAGCAGUUUUAAUUGGAUAGCUGAAGUCGAGUCACUUUCCAUCACUUUUAUACAAUGCAUUAUUUUGGGUUAUUAAUUAAAAUCAUAUAUUUUUGGUAUUAAUUUAUUCUGAGUCUCGCUACAGGGUCUGAUUUUUUAUUUCACGUUUUAAGAAUCUAAAUAAUUUACGUGUCAUAUUUGACUUCAUUUUUUUUUUUUUGGCAGAAAUGGGCUUCCGUACUCGUCCGACUCGACCCGAUUGAUUAAUCCAUUAAUGAUUUUGUGUUUGUUGACGUCCAGCAUGAGCUCUGUCUGCACUGUUUAACUCCUGAGUGUUUGUUGGUUUGUUAGCUCUUAAUAAAGACAGAAAUAGAAACACAC